AGGAAGCAGAGGCAGAGGCAAAGAGGAUUCUGGAAAGGUCUCUGUGUUUUUCUCUCCCUUUUCCACUGAGAACUGCAGAAAAUUAGCAUGAAUGUUUAAAGCUUCAUGGUUAGAAACCUGGAUAAUUACAAUAGGAAGCAUUCUUUUUUUAAAAAAACGUGGUCCUCUUGCCUGGAUGCUGUGCUUUGAUAUGUCCCUCCCUUCUUUACCAGUUCAUAUAUACCACAAUGGCCAGAAUUUGCUGACAGAAGGAGCAUUUUGUACAAGUGUUAAGGAUGGGAUGUUUCGCUUCAUUUUGAAGGACAAGAAGAAGAUUUUGUAGUCCACAGCUGAAACACAUUCCAUACAAACAAAUAUCCCUGCAGGAUCAGUGACUCUGUUUCAAGAUCUGACAUAGCCUCAAAAUAUAAAGGUCAUUCUUAUGCAAUAGGCUAAAAGUAAUUUAAAUGUGCAGGAUGAAAAAAUGGCACAGGCACGGCUGGUACCACCAGGACCUGACAGCUUCCGCUAUUUUACUAGAGAAUCUCUUGCAGCUAUUGAAAAACGUUGUGCAGAGGAGAAAGCUAAAAAGCCGAAGCAGGAUCGUGCAGAGGAUGACGAUGAAAAUGGCCCCAAGCCGAAUAGUGACUUGGAAGCAGGAAAAACGCUUCCAUUUAUAUAUGGAGACAUUCCUCUGGGAAUGGUGUCCGAACCUUUGGAAGACCUUGACCCAUACUAUAGCAAUAAAAAAACCUUUAUAGUAUUGAAUAAAGGGAAGGCAAUUUUCCGAUUCAGUGCCACAUCUGCCUUGUACAUUUUAACUCCUUUCAAUCCCCUCAGAAAAAUUGCUAUUAAAAUUUUGGUACAUUCAUUAUUCAGCAUGCUUAUUAUGUGCACUAUUUUGACCAAUUGUGUAUUCAUGACAAUGAGUAACCCUCCGGAAUGGACGAAGAAUGUAGAGUACACAUUCACUGGAAUUUAUACCUUUGAAUCACUUACAAAAAUUCUUGCAAGGGGCUUCUGUUUAGAAGGUUUCACUUUCCUUCGAGACCCAUGGAAUUGGCUCGACUUCAGUGUCAUUGUGAUGGCGUAUGUAACAGAAUUUGUAAACCUAGGCAAUGUUUCAGCUCUUCGAACUUUCAGAGUAUUGAGAGCUUUGAAAACUAUUUCUGUAAUCCCAGGCUUGAAGACUAUUGUGGGAGCCCUAAUUCAGUCGGUGAAGAAGCUAUCAGAUGUAAUGAUCCUGACCGUGUUUUGUCUGAGUGUAUUUGCACUAAUAGGGUUGCAGCUGUUUAUGGGCAAUUUGAGGCAUAAAUGUUUGCUCUGGCCUCCGGACAAUUCUACUUUCCAAAUAAAUAUUACCUCCUACUUCAAUAGCACAAUGGGAGAAAAUGGUACUGCUGCAAAUUGUUACCAAACCCAAUGCCCAGAAGGAUAUAUGUGUGUAAAAGCUGGUAGAAAUCCCAACUAUGGCUACACAAGCUUUGAUACCUUCAGCUGGGCCUUCUUGUCUCUCUUUCGGCUGAUGACUCAGGACUACUGGGAAAAUCUGUAUCAGUUGACAUUGCGAGCAGCUGGCAAAACCUACAUGAUCUUUUUUGUCCUGGUGAUCUUCCUGGGCUCUUUCUAUCUGAUCAACCUGAUCCUGGCUGUUGUUGCCAUGGCCUACGAAGAACAGAAUCAAGCCACCAUGGAAGAAGCGGAGCAGAAAGAGGCCGAGUUCCAGCAGAUGCUCGAGCAGCUGAAAAAGCAACAAGAAGAAGCUCAGACAACAGCAGCUGUGGCUGCAGCAUCAGUUGCCUCAAGAGAUUUCAGCGGUGUGGGCGGAUUGGGGGAGCUCUUGGAAAGUUCUUCAGAGGCAUCUAAAUUAAGCUCCAAAAGUGCUAAAGAAAGAAGAAACAAAAGGAAAAAAAGACGGCAGAAAGAGCUCUCAGAAGCUGAAGACAGAGAAGAAGAUGAUAAAUUUCCUAAAUCUGAAUCGGAAGACAGCAUCCGAAGAAGUCGCCUCUCCUACGAAAGGAGGACUUCAACUCAACAGUCUUUGCUGAGCCUUCGUGGAUCCCUGUUUUCCCCAAGACGCAGCAGCAGAGCAAGUAUCUUCAGCUUCAGAGGAAGAGCAAAGGAUGUAGGAUCAGAAAACGACUUUGCUGAUGAUGAGCACAGCACGCUUGAGGAUAACGAAAGCAGAAGGGAUUCUCUCUUUGUGCCAAACAGACACAACAGCGACCGCCGCAACAGCAAUACCAGUCAGGCGAGUUUGUCAUCGAGAAUGAUACCUCCUCUUCCGUCAAACGGGAAGAUGCACAGCACCGUGGAUUGCAAUGGAGUGGUUUCCUUAGUCGGAGGACCUCCUGCUCUCACUUCACCUCCUGGACAGUUUUUACCAGAGGGCACUACUACUGAAACAGAAAUAAGAAAGAGGAGGUUAAGCUCUUAUCAGAUUUCUUUGGAGCUAAUGGAAGGAUCUGCAGCACGGCAAAGAGCCAUGAGUAUUGCCAGCAUACUCACAAACACAAUGGAAGAGCUUGAAGAAUCCAGACAGAAAUGUCCACCAUGUUGGUAUAGAUUUGCAAAUGUUUUCUUGAUCUGGGAUUGCUGGCCUCCUUGGUUAAAAAUAAAACACUUUGUGAAUUUAAUAGUGAUGGAUCCAUUUGUUGAUCUUGCUAUUACUAUCUGCAUUGUCUUGAAUACCCUGUUUAUGGCCAUGGAGCAUUAUCCGAUGACUCCCUAUUUCAACCAUGUGCUUUUGGUCGGAAACCUGGUCUUCACUGGGAUCUUCACUGCGGAAAUGGUCCUCAAGAUAAUAGCUAUGGAUCCUUAUUAUUAUUUCCAAGAAGGCUGGAAUAUUUUUGAUGGCAUUAUCGUCAGCCUUAGUUUAAUGGAACUAGGUCUUGCAAAUGUGGAAGGAUUGUCAGUCCUAAGAUCCUUUAGAUUGCUUCGAGUUUUCAAGUUAGCAAAAUCAUGGCCGACUCUGAAUAUGCUGAUCAAAAUUAUUGGCAACUCAGUUGGCGCCCUGGGAAAUCUGACCUUGGUCUUGGCCAUCAUUGUCUUCAUAUUUGCUGUGGUUGGCAUGCAGCUGUUUGGUAAAAGUUAUAGGGAAUGUGUCUGCAAAAUUGCCACAGAUUGUAUACUUCCACGCUGGCACAUGCAUGACUUUUUCCACUCUUUCUUGAUCGUAUUCCGAGUACUUUGUGGGGAAUGGAUAGAGACCAUGUGGGACUGUAUGGAGGUCGCAGGCCAAGCCAUGUGCCUUAUUGUUUUCAUGUUGGUCAUGGUGAUUGGAAAUUUAGUGGUAUUGAACCUUUUUCUAGCCUUGCUGCUGAGCUCCUUUAGUUCCGAUAAUCUUGCUGCUACAGAUGAUGACAAUGAAAUGAACAAUCUUCAGGUUGCUGUGGGAAGGAUUCAGAAGGGGAUAGCUUAUGUUAAGAAAAAAUUACGGGAAAUUGUCCAAAAAGGCUUUGUUAGAGAACAGAAAGCUACAGAAGAUAUCAAAGCACUUGAAGAACUGAACAACAAGAAGGACAUCUGCGUUUCCAACCAUACUAUGGUUGAAAUAAACAGAGAUGUUAAUUAUCUAAGAGAUGGGAAUGGAACUACAAGUGGUGUAGGCACAGGCAGCAGCGUGGAAAAAUAUAUUAUGGAUGAACAUGACUAUAUGUCAUUUAUAAAUAAUCCGGGCCUUACUGUGACUGUACCUAUUGCUGUUGGCGAAUCAGAUUUUGAAAACAUUAACACAGAAGAAUUUAGCAGUGAAUCCGACCUUGAAGAAAGCAAAGAGAAAAUAAAUCCGACCAGCUCAUCUGAAGGCAGUACUGUUGAUAUUGCCCCGCCUGGAGAGGGUGAACAGGCAGAGAUUGAACCCGAAGAGGCUCUUGAACCAGAAGCCUGUUUUACAGAAGAUUGUGUCCAGAAGUUUUCAUGUUGUCAAGUGAGUAUAGAAGAUGACAAAGGAAAAAUCUGGUGGAAUUUUAGGAAAACCUGCUACAGCAUAGUUGAACACAACUGGUUUGAAACGUUCAUUGUGUUUAUGAUCCUCCUCAGCAGUGGUGCUCUGGCUUUUGAAGACAUAUAUAUUGAGCAGCGCAAGACUAUCAAGACCAUGCUGGAGUAUGCUGACAAGGUCUUCACGUAUAUCUUCAUUCUGGAAAUGAUUCUGAAGUGGGUGGCUUAUGGUUUUCAAGUAUAUUUCACCAAUGCCUGGUGCUGGCUGGAUUUCCUCAUUGUUGAUGUUUCGUUGGUUAGUUUGAUAGCCAAUGCUCUGGGCUAUUCUGAACUUGGUGCCAUUAAAUCACUUCGAACCCUAAGAGCUUUGAGGCCUUUAAGAGCCCUGUCGCGAUUUGAAGGAAUGAGGGUGGUUGUUAAUGCCCUGAUAGGGGCAAUCCCCUCCAUCAUGAAUGUGCUUCUAGUUUGUCUCAUAUUCUGGCUGAUCUUUAGCAUUAUGGGCGUAAAUCUGUUUGCUGGCAAGUUCUACCACUGUGUUAACACUACAACGGGCGAGAUGUUUAAUGCCAGUGAAGUUAACAAUAAAACUCAGUGUGAAGAGCUCAUAGAAAACAAUCAACCUGCCCGGUGGAAAAAUGUGAAGGUCAACUUUGACAACGUGGGAGCUGGUUAUCUUGCUUUGCUUCAAGUUGCCACUUUUAAAGGAUGGAUGGAUAUUAUGUAUGCAGCUGUUGAUUCACGGGAUGUGGAAGAUCAGCCCAUGUAUGAAGAGAACCUGUACAUGUACCUCUAUUUUGUUAUCUUCAUAAUUUUUGGAUCAUUUUUUACCUUAAACCUUUUUAUUGGUGUCAUCAUAGAUAACUUCAAUCAGCAAAAAAAGAAGUUUGGAGGGCAAGAUAUCUUUAUGACAGAGGAACAGAAGAAAUAUUAUAAUGCAAUGAAAAAGUUAGGCUCUAAAAAGCCUCAGAAACCUAUCCCCAGACCAGGGAAUAAAUUCCAAGGCAUGGUUUUUGAUUGUGUAACAAAACAAGCCUUUGACAUCAGCAUCAUGAUUCUUAUCUGCCUUAACAUGGUCACCAUGAUGGUGGAAACAGAUGACCAAAGUAAAGAAAUGGAAACCAUUUUAUACAGGAUUAACUUUGUGUUUAUUAUCCUUUUUACUGGAGAAUGUGUGCUCAAAUUGAUUUCCCUCCGACAUUAUUACUUCACCAUUGGUUGGAACAUUUUUGAUUUUGUGGUUGUCAUUCUGUCAAUUGUAGGUAUGUUUCUAGCAGAGAUUAUUGAGAAAUACUUUGUGUCUCCCACCUUGUUCCGAGUUAUCCGACUUGCCAGGAUAGGUCGAAUCCUGAGGCUUAUCAAGGGAGCCAAAGGGAUCCGUACUCUGCUUUUCGCCUUGAUGAUGUCUCUUCCUGCCUUGUUUAACAUUGGUCUCCUGCUUUUCCUUGUCAUGUUCAUCUAUGCCAUAUUUGGAAUGUCCAACUUUGCCUACGUCAAGAGAGAAGUUGGGAUUGAUGACAUGUUCAACUUUGAAACUUUUGGCAACAGCCUGAUCUGUCUCUUUCAGAUCACCACCUCUGCUGGGUGGGAUGGUUUGCUAGCCCCCAUUCUCAACAGUGGGCCCCCAGACUGUGACCCUGAGAUUGAUCACCCAGGAAGCUCAGUCAAAGGAAACUGUGGCAAUCCUUCUGUGGGGAUUUUCUUCUUUGUCAGCUACAUUAUCAUAUCAUUUCUAGUUGUGGUAAACAUGUACAUUGCUGUUAUUCUGGAGAACUUCAGUGUCGCAACAGAAGAAAGCGCUGAGCCUUUAAGCGAGGAUGACUUCGAAAUGUUCUAUGAAGUCUGGGAAAAGUUUGACCCAGAUGCAUCCCAGUUUAUAGAGUACAGCAAACUCUCUGACUUUGCCGCUUCACUAGAUCCUCCUCUUCUAAUCCCCAAACCAAACCAUGUUCAGCUCAUUUCAAUGGAUCUGCCCAUGGUAAAUGGUGACAGAAUUCACUGCCUUGACAUUUUGUUUGCCUUUACAAAGCGUGUUUUGGGAGAAAGUGAGGAAAUGGAUUUGCUUAGAGUACAAAUGGAAGAUCGGUUUAUGGCUGCGAAUCCUUCAAAAGUUUCCUACGAACCCAUCACAACCACGUUGAAACGAAAGCAGGAGGAAGUAUCUGCCACCAUCAUUCAGCGGACAUUCAGGCGGUUCGUCUUAAAACAGAAAGUGAAAAAAGUGACUUCUAUGUAUAAUAAAGGUAAGUGUGAAGAUGGAGAUCUCCUGCCCAUCAAAGACAUGAUCACUGACAAGCUUAACGGGAACACCACUCCAGAGAAAACGGAUGAGAGCAGCUCAUCCACCACCUCCCCGCCUUCUUACGAUAGUGUCACAAAGCCAGACAGCUAUGAACAAAGCAAAGAUUAGAGGGACUACAGAGGUAAAGAUGUCAAGGCUAGCAAAAAGUGAAACGAACUUUUGAAUUUUAUUGGACUGUGUGGGGGAGGGGGGAAAGUUUACAGCCUUUGAAAAGGAUAUACUCAUCUGCUGGAUUCUGACGGGAGAUUGAUGCCAAACUGUCACUUUUAACUAAUAUAUAUUUUCGAAACAAAUCUCUAACGGUUAGUGCCUAUAACACGACAGUGUCCCCUGGCGUCGGACUGUAACUCUAUUGAAACAGGGUAACGGCCUUGACAGCGAGGUACCGCUCUCGCUGCACUUGAUUUUGUAGAAGGGAGUCAGUGUGGCUGACUGGAUCAUGGGGAAUAAGUCGUGUGAGGCUACAACUGGUGUGUUUAACGUGUUGCAAGACACUUAGUUCAGUAAGUGUAUCCACUGUGUGUAUUUCAACUGCCACAUUUGCCAUAUUUUUACCAAAAAAAAGAAGUGUUGGUGAAUUUAUCAUUUUUUUUAAAUUCGCAGGGUGUUUAUUAUUAUAUGUGACUAUUUUUGUAAAUGGGUUUUAUGUUGCAAUGGGAGGGAGGGGGGGUUUACUAGGACCUGGCGUUCUACUUUCUGAUUCUCUAUAAUGUACAGACAAAGAAGCAGUUUGCAUGAGGGGCAUGCCACAAUUACCCCCUGCAUAGAAAGAGUGUGGUGUCAUUGGCCAAACAACAAGAGGUUUUAAAAAAAACUUUUUAGUCUUAAUAUAAAAUACAGUUUUCAGUACUUCUGUAUGUCACUGGCUCUUUUUCUUUCUUUUUUAAAAAAGAUUUUACACCAUUGUGAUUGGGCAAAUCUUCUUGUGCCUGAAAUUUAUAAAAAUUCCAAAAUGUGUUAUUUUUUAUGCCGGUCACCAAAUCCAAGCAUGUUAAAAAAACAACACCUUUAUCCUAGGGAUUAAUCUGAAUCCCACCCCUUACCAAAGGUGGGACCUUCUCUGCACUGGACACCUUUUGUGUCACAGGUUGAUUCCCAAAAUAGAUUAAAUUCACAGCAGCACAGUUUUAGUGUGCUAUGAAAGUAGAAGACAAGUACAGAGAAGGUGACCUACAUGCCAAAUCAAGACACUGAUGAAACGAUGUGGGGCACUAAAAUAGUGCAUAAAUAUUCCCUGAAGAAAAGGAGCCGAAAAGUAAGGUCUUAAAAAUUCUACUUUUGUCUUAAAGUACUGCUUAUUUAUCUGCUUUCAGUGCAGUUUUACAAGAUGAUAUAAAUACUAAUUUUACACAGUUGUAUAUAUUUGAGAUUACCAAUGGGUGGUCCAGACGAAAUGUAUUCUUGCAAACAGGUGCCACAGCUGGUCUCGCUUGCAAGCUCUUGACAGGUAAUAUCUUGUAUUCUGUACUAUUAUAGAUAAUUUGGAGAGUGUCGAUGCAUGUGAAUAUUGCCUUUAGCUACUACUGUACUUUGCUCCUCCCACUGCCCACGUUUCUUUUUUUUUAUAGGAAGUGGUGAAUGAAAUCACCUAAUUUCUUCACAGCAUUAAGCAAUAUUCUGCAUUUAUUUAUGAACAUUCUACUUCUUCUAUUUUUCCUUUUUCCUUUUUAAAUUUUUCAAAUGGCUACUAUAUGAUGUAGACCAAGAUUGCAUAGGGUAUACUGUUUAACCCGUUGGCAGUAUGGCUAGCCUAUAUAAAUAAUGUAAAAAUAAAAGGCAGUGUUCAUGUACAUACAUUUUAAGUUCAGGUUCAUGUAAUUUUUAUUUUUCCACAGUCAUUUUGCUUACUUUACAUUCAUUGUAACUUCAACCGAGACCUCCACAAUGCAGAAGAAUAAAGACAUGAUUGAA